CGAAGGAGCGCGUCAGAAUUGUCAAGGAAUACAAGGAAUAUGCCAAAUCCAUCAUCGAAGAGCAGAGCAAGGCGACAAGUAUGGGCUUAGAAUUUCUCCAAGUCGGUGCAAAUCAUGCUACUCUAAGGGAGCUUUGCAACAGAAAGGAUGAAAGAUACAAUAUCGCUCUUGCUGAGUUCAACAAAGCGGACGAGGCUUUCAAAGAAAUCAAAGCCGAAUCAAAGCAAUUGUUGCUUGAAAGUCGAGCUGCCAUCGACAGUUGUGAGCCCCACAUCAACAAGCUCUAUGAAGACAUACAAAAUGCUCGUUUUCAAUAUGAGAAGGAUCUCAAGGAUACCGAAGAAGCUGGAAAAACCCCUCCGUUGGAUGAGAACAUUGAUCUACGGAGCACAGAGGAGCUCGAAGCCGAAUUCGACGCGCAGAAAGCCCAACUGGGGAUCAUGCUGAACACUAACCCUGGUGUUAUUGAGGAAUACGAGAAAAGGAAAAGAGAUAUCGAAGCGUUAGAGAGAACUGUUCAACAGAAGCAAUCAAACGCACAACGGGUAGAGCAGAAAAUCAAGAAGGCCAGGGACCACUGGGAACCUGCCCUCGAGGAACUGGUUGGUAAGAUCGGGGAGAAAUUCUCAGCGGCUUUUGAUCGUAUGUAUUGGCUGCGCCGGAGAAAUACGUGUCGGUCAGCAUGAGGACUAUGACAAGUGGACCAUCGAUAUUCUAGUCAAGUUCCGUGAUGACGAAAAGCUACAACUUCUUACCAGUCAGCGACAAUCUGG